CAAUUAUAAAUACCCUCUUCAGACCUAAAUCCCUAAAACGGUUAUCGAGUCUCGCUCUUGUCGAACAAAUUUUAGCCAUGUACUCAUCCACCAUGGUUCCGAAACGGAAUAAUAUUCCAAAACUGAGUGACGUUGGGAGGAUCAAGGUUACGGGAUAUGACACUGGUCUUCCUCUUGAUGAUGUCUACACGGCGUUGGCAGAACAUUUCUCUUCAUGUGGAGAGAUCUGGGAGAUUUAUGUUCCCUUAAAAUUUGAUGAGACUAAGACGAGUCUCAACAGUCAUGGUGUUAUUUGUUUACUGGGGGGACAAGACGCAGUAGAUAAGGCCUUGCAACUUACUGGAAGUAACGUGGGAGGAUGGAAUGUCUCUGUUGAGGCUUAUCCGUAUCCGGCAAACGCAAACGAUAGGGUUAUUGUAAUAGUUGAAGGAUAUGACACUUCGCUUAGGAAGAGUCAAAUCUCCAGGGCUUUGGUUAAACUUUUCUCUCCAUAUGGAACUAUCAGACGCCUCUAUUUUAUCAAGAAGAGCUCAGUUAGAGCUUCUGUUCACGGAAAAGACGUAGCUGAUACCGUGACUCAACUUAAUGGGAGCUACAUGCGAGGACGCAAAUUAGCUGUUUGGGUGACUGCCAAACCGGAAAUACCUAUACGCCUCAUUCGCCGCCGCGUCAAUUUCAGUAAACCUAUUCCUCCUCUCCAAGAUCCUUCUGCCAUGGAUGCAGCCAUUCCAAAAAGCAGAAGUGAAACCUCCAUGGCCCCAUCUGAAUCUGCUAAGAAGAAUGAGAAGAUAAGUGAGGAAGCUACAGUGGAGAGUAAAGCCUUUUCUAGUAGUGUUGAGAAGCAAACGCCUGACCUAGAUGGCCUCAUUGUUAAAGAGUUAUGCAUGGGAAACCCCAACGGCAAGAAAGCUGAGCCUGGCAAAAGGGUAAGUGUCCAUUAUACUGGAAAGCUUCAAGGGAAUGGGAAGAUUUUCGAUUCCACCGUUGGAAAAUCACGUUAUAAGUUUCGUCUAGGUGCUGGAAAAGUCAUUAAGGGAUUGGAUGUUGGCGUCAAUGGAAUGCGUGUUGGUGGCAAAAGAAUGCUUACAAUUCCUCCAGCAAUGGGCUAUGGUGCGGAAGGUGCUGGUAGCAUUCCUCCUUACUCUUGGCUGGUCUUUGAUGUCGAGCUGCUUAAUGUUAAAUAAAGCUGUCCUCUAAUCCCUCGAGACCUUCCUAAGACUGAAUCCAAUUAAAGCUUGCUGACGUGGCGGAAGUUUGUAUAUAUAGUCUUUAAAUAAGCUGAUGUGGCUCAAUUUGCUGACAUGGCAACACGAAAAAGACUCUCAACUAAACUGAUGUGGAUGGUUUGAGAGGCUAUGAGUUCCUUUUAUUAGUAGUAGAUUUUAUAUGAUUAUCUCACAAGUAAAGAUGUCUUCAUGCGUGUUACAAUAAUGGUUCUUUCAAACUUUUUCGUAUCUUAUAAAUUUCUCAGUUUUUU